AUGUCACCUGCGAUAUACUCACGACAGCAAGAUGACCGCAGGUCAACCGACAACAAUUCCCACACCACAGCUAUCCUUAUCGCAAGCAUUGUCAUUGCCGUUGUGGUAAUCCUUGGGGUCAUUGCUUUCCUCUGUUACAACCGCCGCGGCGGCGAGCGCCAGUAUCGCGAAGCAUGCCAAAAGGACCCCUACCUCACACGCAAAGAGUUCGCCCGUCGGAAAAGGCUCAGCGCCCUGGAACGCAUCGAGGAAGAUGAGAUGCAGCGCAGCGUCAUGAUUCGGAAGUCCUUGACGAGCCGUUCGUCCAAUUAUCCUGUUGACAAUUCGGACAACGACUCGGCUCUCAACCAAGCGAUGGCGCAAGUUCCGCACUCCAACCUCUGCGGCAACAGCGAUUGGGCGCCGAGCUCCCAUCGCGGCCGGGCCGUGUCACACCAAGAGCCGCAUCGAGGGGAUGAGGUCAAUGUCAGGCUGACGCCGGACUCGAGGUCGCCGUCGCCGUCGCCGUCGACGAAUAUCCUUUUGCGCAGCGUCGAAAGAUCCAAUAGCCAGCCACCGCACCCUGAUGAGUUUGGUCGACCAUACCAUGGGCUGCCGUCAAUGCUGCAUCGGCCACCAAGCUUUGAGGUUGCGACCCGUGAGGGUGCUCCGAUGCCGAUCAGUGGGAGGGCUCAGAACAAUACGCGUCGCAACAGCCCUGAGAAAGUUUGGUUUACCAGAGGCUGA